CAGAGGGCCUUUCAAGCUUAGACAUGUGGAGCUUUUCGGGAAUAAAGGGCCAUACAUCAUUUUUAAACAAUGAACCAUUUGUAAAAAAAAUUUAACUGCCAUUUUUUAAGUAAAUAAAAAACGCUGUUUAUUUGGAGCUGGGACAUCAUGGCAAAAGUAAUGUAUCCUGUCUUUAUUUACACCAGUGUGAAUCCGACGCCUUUCUUUCAAAUAUUGCACCCACUUUUUAAAACAGGGGUGCAACAACUACUAUUCAUCAAAAUCCAUCACAAGGUAGAAAGCGGUCUGCAGUCUGAUCCAGCACAACAAAAAUGUGUUGACCCUUGCUUUCAAACUGACAAACAGAUGGCUGAUGUUGACUCAAGACUUUGAAGCAGAGGGGGGGGGACCUGUGACCAGUUGAUGUCCAUUCUGCACCAGUUCAAAGAGGUCUGUUCUUUGACAUUCAUCCUAUAAAAGGGUCUCGAAAAUACUGGCUGAGUUGGAGGCCGGCCCGCUGACUUUAAGUUUGCUGGAUAAUAUAUUAACCAGGUUCAACGUCCACAGUUGCUCUGUUAUCUUUUGGGCAGGGUUGUUGAAAGCUCAGUUGCAUACAGAUUUGUGCACCGAUGAAUCUUUCUGCAGAGAGCCACAGUAUUCCUCUCCGUGAUGGCAACCAUAUGCCACUUCUGGGAUUGGGAACCUACGGAGACCCUCGGACGACGCCCAAAGGAACAGCGCUUGAGUGUGUCAAGCUGGCCAUAGACGUUGGAUACAGGCACUUUGACGGAGCGCUGGUGUAUUUCAAUGAGCAUGAGGUGGGCCAAGCUAUUAGAGAGAAGAUUGCUGAUGGAACUGUCCGAAGAGAGGACAUAUUCUACUGUGGCAAGCUCUGGAAUACCUUCCAUCCUCCUGAGUUGGUGAGACCUGCCCUGGAAAGGACACUUAAAGCCCUACAACUGGACUACGUGGACCUCUACAUUGUGGAGCUUCCCAUGGCCUUCAAGCCUGGAAAAGAGUUUUAUCCUAAAGAUCAGGAUGGGAAGUACAUCUACCACCACACGGAUCUGUGUGCAACAUGGGAGGCUUUAGAGGAUUGCAAAGACGCAGGUCUGGUGAAGUCUCUGGGAGUCUCCAACUUCAACCGAAGGCAGCUGGAGCUGCUGCUGAAGAAACCCGGCCUCAAACACAAACCAGUGUCCAACCAGGUUGAAUGCCAUCCAUAUUUCACACAGCCUAAGCUUCUGGAGUACUGCCGUCAGAAUGACAUCGUGAUUGUUGGCUAUUGCCCUCUCGGUUCCUCCAGAGAUGCUUCUUGGGUGAAUUUAAAGUCUCCCCCUCUUCUGGAGGAUGAGGUGCUGGUGUCCAUUGGGAGGAAGUACAACAAGAGCAGUGCUCAGGUGGCUCUACGCUUCAACGUGCAGAGAGGAGUGGUCGUGAUUCCAAAGAGCUUCAGUCCGGAGCGCAUCAAACAUAACUUUCAGAUAUUUGAUUUUUCCCUCACGGAGGAAGAGAUGAAGGCCAUUGAAGCGCUGAACAAAAACAUCCGCUUCGUUGAGCUCCUGAUGUGGAGCGAUCAUCCAGAGUACCCGUUCCAUGACGAAUAUUAAGCUUUUUGAAAUGUUCCUUUGUUGUGUAUUUUUGUCAUGUGUAGAAAUUUUCAAAAAUAAAACACUAAAUAAAUGGAG